AUGAUGGCCAGGCUGAAGAUGACCUGGCUUCUUAUUUGUGGGCUAAUAUACUUAUUCGACACAGGUGAGGCCAUUCAGUGCUACCAGUGUGACAGUAACGAAGAUGCUUCCUGCCCGUCCACAGAGUACUUUGAUACAGAAGUCAAUGCACCUAUUGACUGCAACAGUUUUGAAGCAAAAACUCCUGGGCAGUUUUGCAUGAAAAUCACACAGGAAAGUCCUGGAUGGGGAGGUUGGAAAAAAAUAACAAGACGUUGUGGAUCGAGGACAGAUUCUGGUGUGGCAUGGGGAUGUAGAUGGUCCUGGGACCAAGUUGGUGUGUUCAAGGAGAUCUGUUAUUGCGAGUAUGACAUCUGUAAUGGAGCCGCAAGAUCAAGUCUUCAAAUAUUUCUCGGCAUUGGAAUAGCUCUCUUUGCCUAUAUCACCAAAAUGAUUCUGUGAUGAUCAUAUUCUUCAUCAUCUCAUCUUUAUACAAUUCAUAUCAUUACUUAAAUCACAUCAGAGAAGUUCUGUACAUUGUAUCAAGACAUAUUUAGGUAAAUGGAGCAAUUGUGAAAAAAUAGUUGGAAUUAAUUUUGUUUAAAAAUAAUUUAG